UUUACUAAUGAAGCCUACUCCACUCAUUUCCUAUCUCUCUUCCCAUGUUCUCUUCAUCCUCUUCUUCUUCCCCUUCAAUUCUCAUUCUCUCUAUGACCCAAUUGCAUAUGGAAGAUGUGCUCCGUUCCCAUGCGGUAAUCUCAACCUUACGUUCCCAUUCUACUCUCAAGAAGCCACAGGCGACGACCCUCGUUGUGGCCUUCCAGGCUACGAGAUUGCAUGUAAUACAGUGCUGAAAUCGCCGACUGUUGUCAUUGGAGGCAAAACAUACGAGGUAAGAGAUAGCUACCGCACCGAUCGCCUUGUUAUAGUCUCCGACUUCAGCCUCAUCAGCGACCUUCGAUCUCAAAACUGCGACAACGUGCAAAACGUUUCUGCAUCAGUUCCUGCACGUCUAGAGCUAGUGGCGUCGAGUACCAACCUAACUUUGUUCAGGUGCGACCGUCGGCUCAAACUCCCAGGGGUAUUCUUGGAAAGGGUUUCGAAUUACACAGAAUGUGGAGGGAAUGACCCACUCUAUCUUGUUAAUACAGCUAAUGGCACCGAUCGCUUUAAAGCCGGAUGUGGUGAUGUAGACGGUCCAGAUGGGUGCACGUGCUUCUCUAUUCCUGUGCUCGCAGCUAGCCUAUCGAAUGCGAGUAUGCUGUUGGAAUUGAAGGGUUUGGCGGACGUUUUGUCGAGAGGGUUCCCACUUCAAUGGCCUGUAGGUGUAGAAAUAGAAUGCAGCAAGUGCCAGGACUCUAAUGAACGGUGUGGAUUCGAUGUGAAAUCAAAUGCGGUCGUGUGUUUAAGCAGGUUCAAAUCAAAGGACGAGUCCAAGGCGGGGUCCAAGCUUCCGAAGAGGGUCAUCAUAGGUGCAGCAAGUGCAGGUACUUUCCUUAUCUUUGCACUAGUGGCAUUAGCCAUCUUCAAAUACAAGAACAAAGCACUAUCAAUCAUCAACAAAGACCAUAUCAAGAGCAAAAGAAGUAGAGACGAGGACCGGAACGUCGACCAAUUCAUCAAGAGCUACCAAUCAAAGACGGUGAACAAAUAUUCAUAUUCCGAAAUCCAAAAAAUGACCAACAACUUCAACAAUAAGUUAGGCCAAGGCGGCUAUGGCAGCGUCUAUAAAGGAAAGCUAGCCGAUGGCCGCUUGAUCGCCGCCAAGAUGUUAGAGAAGUCACGAGACUAUGGCCGAGAUUUCAUUAACGAAGUCGAUACCAUUGGCAGGAUUCAUCAUGUUAAUGUGAUACGUCUUUUGGGAUUUUGCUGCGAAGGGUCCAAACGCGCUCUAGUAUACGAGUUCAUGCCAAAUGGAUCACUUGGCAACUUAAUCUCCAACGAGAAUGCUGGCCAUUGCCUAGGUUGGCCCAAGUUGCUUGAAAUCGCAAUUGGAAUUGCACAUGGAAUUCAAUAUCUUCAUCAAGGAUGCGACACACGAAUAUUGCAUCUCGAUAUCAAGCCUCAUAAUAUCUUAUUAGACCAUAAUUACAGUCCCAAGAUCUCCGAUUUCGGGCUAGCUAAGUCUUAUUCACGGAAACAUAGUGCGGUCCCAUUGACAAAUGCGAGAGGGACCGUUGGAUAUAUUGCCCCUGAAGUCUUCUUACGCAGCCUUGGCGGUGUGUCCCAUAAAUCUGAUGUCUAUAGCUAUGGAAUGCUACUACUGGAGAUGGUUGGAUGUCGAAAAAUGGCCCGAAUCAUGACCGAGCAUUCAAGUAAAACAUACUUCCCAAAUUGGAUUUAUGAACAGAUGGCUCAAGAGGGUGAAAUUGAUAUUACUGAUUCAAUUGUAGAAGAAGAUGCCAGUAUAUCAAGGAAAAUGGUCAUGGUAGGCUUGUGGUGUAUACAGAUGAAUCCGGUGGACCGUCCUUCGAUUACUAGAGUAUUGGAGAUGUUGAUGGGGCGUUUGGAUGGCAUCGAAAUGCCACCAAAGCCGUUCUUGUUUUCGCCUCCUCGAACACACUCUCAACAUGAAAUCUCUUCUACAAGUACUGUUACACAUGACAUGCCACUCAUGUCUCAGAGCACAUAAAAUGUGAAAAAAUCAGUCUUUUUUUGCACUCCAUACACAGCAUUGAUUAAUUUAAAGAGAAGAUUAUUUGAUUACAUAAGCAAUAAUUUAUGAUUGGUAGGGGUGGCUGGCCUGGUUGGGACUGGGCCAAUUCAUCAAGUGGGCCACCGUUGUGUAAAAAGAAUGGAUGGUUUAAAAAAUGUGGCUUUAAGUAA